CGCACACACACCUUGAAACAUCAUCUUUCACUCAUUCUUCAACCAGUCUUCCCAUCUCUGAUGGCAUCAUCUUUUCCAUUGAUACUAAGUGUAUAGAAUAUAGAAUUCUUAAUCUGUUCCUCCGUCCUGUCCCUUUUUCGCCACCGCCAAGAUAGGCCGCCGACGUCGUCCCCGUCACUUCCGCCCUAAACCAAAUAGGUUCAAAAUGGGCAACGAAGAAUCUGUCUUGGACGAAGCCAACGGCCCGCCCCAGACACUCGGGGACCGCAGUCUUGAGUCUCUAGCUCAUUACAUUAAAGAUGCUCCGGCAUGGCGCAUUGUAGUCAUGUGCGGAGCCGGCAUUUCCACUGCCGCUGGAAUCCCUGAUUUCCGCUCCCCCGGCACAGGCCUCUACGACAACCUGGCCCGCCUCAACCUGCCCUAUGCCGAGGCCGUCUUCGACAUCGAGUACUUCCGGAAGCACCCGGAGCCCUUCUAUUACCUCGCCAAGGAACUAUACCCUGGAAAAUUCCACCCCACCAUCUCCCAUGCCUUCAUCGCUCUGCUCGCCAAGAAGGGCCGCCUCCUGAUGAACUUCACCCAGAACAUCGACUGCCUGGAGCGCCGCGCCGGCGUCCCCGCCGACAAGAUCGUCGAAGCCCACGGCAGCUUCGCCACCCAGCGCUGCAUCGAGUGCCGCACCCCCUUCCCGGACGACGACAUGCUCGACCACGUCCAGCGCGAGGUCGUCCCGCGCUGCAAGGACCGCUCCUGCGGGGGGCUCGUGAAACCCGACAUCGUCUUCUUCGGCGAGGCCCUCCCCUCCGCCUUCCGGGACGCGAGCCACCUGCCCGCCAUGGCCGACCUCGUCAUCGUCAUGGGCACCAGCCUCAGCGUCUACCCGUUCGCCGGCCUGCCCGAGUACGCCCAGCCCCACGUGCCCCGCCUUCUGCUCAACAAGGAGCGCGUCGGCCGCAUGGGCUACCGCCCGGACGACGUCCUCGAGCUGGGGCCCUGCGAUGCCGGCAUACGGCGUCUGGCGGCCUUGCUCGGCUGGUCCGAGGAGCUGGAGGCCCUCUGGCGCGGUGUCGUGCGCGACGAGGAGGCCGCGCGCCAGGUGGCGCGCGUGGACCCCGAUGCGGGCGCUGGUCGCGCGGAUAUUGAGGAUGAGAUUCGGAAGUUGACUGAGGAGGUCGAGGCCGCUCUUACCCUCGAAUCGCCGAAUGACGAGAGUGCUGCCGGCGGCGACAAGACUGAGGAAAAGGACGGGCUGGCGGACGUGGGUGCCAAGGUCGAAGAAGAGGUCGAGACGGACCGGAAGGAAGAAGUCUCAAGGACAGGAGGCGAGGAGGGGGUCACUUUACACUCUCGUGGAGGGGAAGAGGAGAGGGAGGACGAGAAGGCCUCCUCGGGACCAGCGGAGAAUGCCGAUCGGGCCGCUGCCGUUCCCGCCCCUGACGCGUCUAGCCGAAGUGCACUUGGUGGAGACGACGGCCCGUCCGCGCAGGAGGAGCUACAGCUUCGACUGGGGGGUGAUGUACCUUCAGGAGGCGGCGGAGAUGGUAAAAGUGGUCGUCCCGCGGGAAGUCCUGGCGGAGAUAUAUUGGGCGGCGAAGAUGCAGUAAAGGGGGGGGAGGCGAGCUCGAAGCUUUCAUAAAUAGAAACGCAUGGCGACGGUGACUUGGCUGGGGGAGAGGUAGAAAACGGCGAGGGGCAGGGAAAAAGAAAUACCCAUACCAUUCCAAAAAGGCACUGGACUUAUCAUCUAGAAAAAGGGUUUCGUUUUGUUUCGACUUGGUAUCUCCUCAUCAAGCUCGUUUCCUGUAUCGUGAGAUGUAUAUCUGCCCCUAGUCCACCAGAAGGGCGCCCAAAUGCCUUCGAACUCCUCUCCCGAGGCGAAGUGC